AUGAAGUUUUCCAUACCCACAUUAAUCACUGUCUUAUCCUCAAUAAUAGCAGUGGAUGCUACUUGUGAAUUCUCCGGAGGCAACUACUAUUGUUCAGAAUCUAAAAAGGUUGUUUAUAAAGGUAUUGGGUUUGCUGGAAGUUACCAAGAUGUAACUUAUAUGGAUGAAACUACAGGAAGCUGUCAUCAACAGAGCUAUUCCUUUUCCGGUAACUUGUCUCCCUUGGACGAAGAAUUAUCUGUCCAUUUUAGAGGCCCUUUGAAAUUAUUGCAAUUUGGUGUUUACUAUCCAAGUGGUGAUAAGCACAAAAGGAAUAAUCGCCGUGAUGAAGAAAAUUGUAGUGUGCAGCAUGUUCAUCAUAAGCAUAAAAGAGCUACUGAGAUUGUCGAAGUAACUCAAACUGUCUAUGUCGAUUCAAAUGGUAAUCUAGUCACAACUGAAACUCCUGUAGCUGAGCUGCAUCCUGAAACAAGUGCGGCGCAAGAACCAGUACAAGUCCAAGAACCAGUACAAGAACAGGCGCCACCUCCUCCUCAAGGAACCACUUCAGUCACAGCCCUUGCAGGUGAGGGAAAAGCAUACAGACCAAUCUCAACAUUGUCAGCACCAACUACAACUUCAUCCGUCGAAGCAACUAGUACUGCCACGGCAGAUGGCGCAUGGUCAAGAGACUCCUAUUAUACUCCAGGAAAUACCGAUAACUGUGUGUUUUUGAAUUACCAUGGUGGUUCCGGCUCCGGUGUUUGGUCAGCAGCAUUUGGAAACUCUCUUUCUUAUGCCAACCUGGAUAAUUCGGGAGCCUCAUCAUCCCCCGUCGCUUUGGAAGAGAUCACCAUUGGUUCGAAUAAAGAAUUUGUUAUUAUGUCAGGUCAACAAUGCUCUGGUAGCUCAUGUGGCUACUAUAGACCAGGAUCAGUGGCACACCAUGGUUUUGGCGGAAAUGCUAAAAUUUUUAUUUUUGAAUUUGAAAUGCCUAGUGACAACUCAGGAUCAGGAUUCAAUGUAGACAUGCCUGCUGUUUGGAUGCUUAAUGCUAAGAUUCCAAGAACUUUACAAUAUGGAGAUGCCUCAUGUUCAUGUUGGGCAACUGGUUGUGGAGAAUUGGACUUGUUUGAAAUUUUAACCGCUGGCUCAAAUAAAAUGAUUAGUCACUUGCACGAUGGACAAGGUGCUGCUAAACAGCAAACAAAUAUUGGUGGUGGUGGUUCACAAGAUUAUUUUGCUAGACCUGUAUCAGGAUCUUUUAAAGCCGCAGUGAUUUUCCUUGGUGAUGAGAUCCAUGUCGUUCAAGUUGAUGACAGUACUGUGUUUGGAUCUUCCUUAGACGAAGCCACUGUUAACUCAUGGCUACAGCAACCAGGCUCUCUUGCUACCCUUGGUUAUUAA